GCCUUGGUGCAUAUCUAUCCUUUCUCAGGCCGCCCUCACCACCUCCGAAGAAAUAAAUCAUCGAGGGCGGUCAAAGAGAAACGAGCACGGCACAUACCAUGGAGCGGUUCAUCAUCGCCUCCCUCCUCCUCCUCCUCCUCGCUUCCCUGACCGUCGUCGAGGGCCGCAUGGGCCGUGCCGCCGUCUUCGACAACAGCAUGCCUACGAACCACGUGUUGAUCGGCGGUGACGAGCUACCAAGGAUAUGCGACCAGGUGCGCUUCAAGACGAUAUGCCGGGGCUUCACGAAGCUCCCCGGCGUGGCGACGCCCCGGCAGCUGCUGCUGGCGUCGAUUCGCGUGGCGUCGGACAAGGCGAAGGAGGCCAAGCUCCGGGUGGAGGAGUACAAGGCGAGGACGCACGCGAGCGGGCCGAUGGAGUCCAUCAGCGACACAUGCAGCAAAGGGUACGACGAUGUGGUGCAGUCGCUGGAGGAGACGCGGCAGCUGAUCGAGACGAAGGGCACAAACUUCGACCUCAACAACAAGGUGUCGGACGCCGUCACGCAUGCCGGCGACUGCACAACCGGCUUCGAGGACUUCCCGGACAUCAAGUCGCCCUUCGCGGCCAUACAGCAGAACGUCUACCGUGUCGUCGACAACGUCCUCAACAUCGCCGUCGUCGUGCAGCAGGCCGAGGCACACCAGGCGAAAUUGCUCGGCCCGCACGUGCACUGAGCGAGCCGGACUAGCCGGGGCUAAAAGAGAAGGCAUGGGUGGUGGUGGUGGUGGUGGUGGUGAUGCACCGAUCUUCCGCACCGGAACAGCAAAGGCUUGAGAAAAAAACUGUACUCCUACGUAGUAGUGUAAUGUAACUUGAUGAGGUUACUAACACGGAAUUACAGGUUGA